AUGGAUGAAAUUAUUGAUUUUGAAUCACUCAAGCUUCACACAGCAGCUGGGUAUAUUAGGGCUUCAAAUAGGUGCUUCACAUGUAAGGCUAAACGACAACACUGUGACUAUAAAUAUCCAGUAUGUUCGAAUUGCGCAAAAAACAACACUGACUGCAUGGCUUGGGCCAAAGGCUCCAAGUCACCAAUUCCAAGAAGCAUUGCCUGUUACCUCGAGAAAAGAGUUGCACAGCUGGAACUAGAGGCUCACAGACUCCGUACAGAGCUGAAUCCAGAGCAUUUAGACGAUAAAGAGAAUAUCGCAGCUAACCUCUCCUCUAAACCAUUUUCAGGAGUAUGCAAUUCCGAGAAAGACGAUAUUGGUGAUGAAUCAUUUGGUUUCCUUUAUUUUCGCUCUAGUAAUCUUCCUGCUCCGUUUGACUGCACACUCCAUUCGUCCGAUCGUGGAAACAUUCGAACAUUUAUGGCACGAAACCCUAUGGUAGACAUAUACAGCAUUCCAUCAAAGAUUGCUGAUAUAAUCCUGCAGAACUACCUCGAUAUUCAUCUCCCACAAUAUCCAAUAGUUUCAAGCGAGUACGUGCGCGAGCUGAAGUCAAGCGUGUUUGAAAAGAGGAAUACAUGUGGCCCCUAUGAAAAAGCUGUAAUGGGAAUAAUUCUCGCAAUGUCUACAGCGACAUUAAGUUAUAAAGGCGAAAAGGGGGCCCUAGCCUCUUCAGGGGCUCUGUUUUCAUACUUUCUGUCCCAAAUUUUACAAGUUGAGUGGAGCGAUAAACUUAAGAAACUACAAAUACUCUUACUGGUUGCUCAUUAUGCCUUCUCAAAUCCGUAUGCCGCAGAUUCCUGUUAUGCUAUGAAAGAAGCAUUGAGGAUUAGUGUGGAGAUGGGUCUCCAUAAGGAACUGGAUUUUGAUCAUAUUUCACCGCUGAUUAUGCAAACACGCCGUCGCUUAUUUAUGGUCUGUAUGAACAUGGCUCGUCAUGUGUUCUCGGUCAACAAACGAAUGUUCCCGAUCCCUUCAGAACUCAUAAGCUUUCAACUUCCGGAGGCUGUUGACGAUCAUUACAUCACUGAUUCUGGAAUUGAUUUAUCGGGUCCGCCCACCAAAGCUGCAGCCAUUCAUUUUUACAGGUUUAGACUUUAUGAAACUGAAAUAUAUGAUGUACUCUGGGGACACAAGAGCAUCAAAUGCGGCCUCAAAGAAUGGGUUCAGAAAAUGAGCAACAACCUGGAUUCAUGGUUGUCAGAAGCUAACCAUUUCUCCACCAUCAACCAAUUAAAAUAUAGAGCUAUUUGUCAUGCGUCAGGUCAUGUCCGGUUGUACAGCAGAUCUCCAAGGAAGCAAUGGAGGAACCGUGAAGAUGCGCUACUGUUGAUGGAAUCUGUCAUAAAAUGCCUUGACGAAUACCUGGUAAAUGCAAGUACUGGAUGGCUUGCUUAUUUGAUGGCUGGUGUCUUUCACGUUGAAGAGCUAACAGUGUGCCUCCUGGAUAUCAUGUGGAACGAAUCAAACUGGAUAUUUGAUCAUUACAGUCAAGCUUACAUUAGUACUCAAGUGAUACAGUGCAUUGGACUACUACAGCAGUUCAGUUUACGGUGGCCUGAUAUUGAGAAGAGCAAAAUGGUGUCAUAUCUUUCUAAUCUACACCUAAAAAUCACUUCGCAGUUGGAACAUGGGUUUGUUAUCGAUCCCCAUAUUAUAUCACAGCUCAAUUUCUUAAUAUUCCCUCAAGUAUCCACUGGUUAUGGACUAGACUCGUUGCCCGAAGAUACUGUGGACCUUGAUCACAAUUUUAUUCAGAUGCAACAAUGGAAUGACAAUUUUACUUCGAGCCUCUCCAUCUUAUAG